AUGUUCAACCGAUUCGUCAGGCCGCAAAGCGCUUUGCGCGCAGCCUCCUCAUUCUCCUCAAAACCUACCUCCGCCUUCUCACGCUUCCAGACUCGGGCUAUUCAUCGCAUUCCCCAAUUGCAGCACGACGCCUAUUAUAAGGAGAAUGGAGUUCCGGAGUUCCUAUCACCUGAGGCGUUCGACUUCUCCUGGACCCAAUACCAGACCCUCCUCGUUAACAAACUCAAUUUGUUGACGCAAGGUGAGCCCGACACCCCGAUCCUGUGGAAAGAUACAUUGAUCCAAUUUGGCCCCAAUUGGAUGAUUGAGCGAUAUGAUACCGUCGAUGCGGAUGCCAAACCAGGAGAAUUGCUGGUCAAAUACUCCAAGCGUCCGGAGAUGGCCUCGGUGUUCAACUAUGCCUCAAUGGCCCACAACAACCACUUUUUCUUCAACUGCCUGUCCCCCACAGCCACCGCCAUCCCCGAAAAGUUCGCCAAGGACAUCGUCGACACCUGCUCUUCCGUCGAGUCCCUGAAGUUGGAUUUCCUGGCCACAGCAAGCUCGAUGUUCGGCCCCGGAUUUGUCUGGCUCGCCAAGAACCUCGAACGCGAAGGCAUGAUGCACAUCUUCUGCACCUACAGCGCCGGCUCUCCCUACCCGGCCGCCCACUCUCGGCGGCAACCCGUCGACAUGGCCACCCACACCCCAGAAACCCAGCUAGGCAACCAGUUCGCCGGUUCAAUGGGCGCCCACGCCCAAAACCAGAAGAGCCUCGCGCCCGGCGCCGUGGAUGUGCAGCCCAUUCUCUGUGUAAACACUUGGGAGCACGCGUGGAUGAUGGACUACGGUAUUGCCGGCAAGGAUGAGUAUCUCGAGCGCUGGUGGGAUCGGAUUAACUGGGAUGUGGUCUUCGACAACUACAAUGCUGUCGGCUCGAUGAAGAACUCGCGCAGCUCCAUCAACCGUCAUCGGAGUAUGAGCAUGCUUUAA